CUCAGCGUCCCUAUCUCAGAGCAUUUUUCGUUUGCCAUCAUAUCAGAGUCGUCUGCUCAUUCACAACACACCCCCUUCGUGUCAAGUUCACGUCUAACUCAAACAUAAACAAUGGCUGAUACUGAUGCUGCUCCUGCUGCUCCAGCUCCUUCUACCCCUAAGAAGGCAGCAAAGAAGAAGGCCAGCAAGCCUAAGACUCCAGCUUCUCAUCCUAAAUACAGCGACAUGAUCGCCAGUGCUCUUGAAAGUCUGAAGGAGAAGAAGGGGUCAUCUCGCCAGGCCAUUCUCAAGUACGUCAAAGCGAACUUCACAGUAGGAGACAACGCUAACGUUCACAUCAAGCAGGCCCUGAAACGUGGUGUCACCUCUGGACAAUUGAGACACGUGAAGGGAAGCGGUGCUUCAGGAAGCUUCCUCCUGGCUGAGAAAACCAAAACGCCGAAGAAGGCUGCCGCAAAGAAGGCCACACCCAAGAAGAAGCCAGCUGCUAAGAAAACCAAGAAGCCAGCAGCAAAGAAGGCAACAAAGAAGCCCGCCAAGAAGCCAGCCGCAAAGAAGAAGGUCGCCAAACCAGCAGCAAAGAAAGCAGCCAAACCUGUCGCAAAGAAAGCCACACCAAAGAAGAAGGUAGCGAAGAAGGCUGUCAAGGGAAAGGGAAAGAAGAAAUAAGCAUGUCCACAUAGGACAAAGACUUUGUAUAUUUUUGUGACUGUUGUUUGUCUGUGACACUUGGACUUAAACUCCCGAUAAACCCGCUUCAACUCAUCUCUGUCUUUAGUUUUCCCGCCAUUACAAAACCGUCUGCGAAUGUUUUCAACGUGGAGUCGGACGCUAGUGACUUUCGUGAAUCAACUUCAACCCCUGAUUCUUGUGAAAAUAUCUUCGGUAGAUCGAUCUAUCAUCACAUAGAAAAAAAAACUCACUUCAAAAUGUGUAUGAAUAAUAACUUGCCAUCUCAACUUUUCUGCACAUUCACAGGAUCCUUUUGCUUUUGGACUGAAAUAAUCAUUUGGACCGGCAGCUGAAAAGUUCAAUAUUUUGAGGAGUAGCAAGCUACGUCAAAAAGACUUUGUACAAAGACAAUUAUUUAUGUGAAAGAUCCAGCAGCCCAAAAAGAGACUAUUGAUUUUUAAAUCUAGUAUGUAAAUCAUGGAAUGUAAUAACUUUGUAAUAAAAAAAAGCAACUAGAAAUCUC